AAGGGAAACCCAGGGAACCUAUCGAAAGAGAAAGACAAGUGGAUAAUGUUAGAAGGGUAAAUUAUUGUGAACAUGAAGAACAAAGUGAAGAGGAAUUAUACGCAGCGGAUAAAAGAAAACAGCAAAUUCAGCCCGAAAAUCCUGAAAAAAGACCUAAAUUGCAAUUAGAAUCAAAGUGGGAUAACAGGCUCCGGCCCCAAGUAGAAAAUGAACCACUUUUAGUAGACGUAGGAGACCAGUUGGAACCUAUGGAAUUAGAUGAAUCAAGAAAAAUUAGGAGACCAAGAAAAAAACGUGAACUAUCGGUGAUAGAUAAGUUGACACUAUAUAACGUGAUGGACGAUAUUUUAUCCUUACCAGUUAGAGCUACAGGGCUUGAGGAAACGACAGAAAUAACUCACCAAAUUGAGACUGACAAGGCUAAACCCAUAAGACAAAGAGCCUAUAGGGCAUCACCAAGGUUAAUUCGAAAAUCUAAUAGCCCAUGGGCUUCGCCCGUGGUGGUGGUUCCAAAGAAAGGCGGAAAGUUACGACUGUACAUGGAUUACAGAAAAUUGAAUGAGAUGACAAGGAAAGACGCAUACCCAUUACCAAGGAUCGACGACUUGUUAGAAACCUUCAGUACCGCAAGUUGGUUCUCUACUUUAGACCUGAAAAGUGGAUACUGGCAGGUUAGAAUCGAAGAAAAGGAUAAAGAAAAAAUGGCAUUUAUCACACGGGGAGGUCUCUUUGAGUUCAACGUAAUGCUGUUCGGCCUAACGAAUGUGCCGGCUACUUUUCAAAGAUUAAUAGAUCAGGUCCUAGAGAAGCAUAUCAGAAAUUUCGUGGUUGUAUAUAUCGACGAUAUUAAUAUAUAUUCAAAAACAUUCAACGAACAUUUAGGGCACCUUAAAAUUGUUUUUGAUAAGUUGGCUGAGGCGGGGUUAAUGAUCAAUAUAGAAAAAUGUGAUUUUUUUAAACCUACUAUUCAUUUCCUUGGACAUAUUAUAGGUAGACAAGGGAUCCGACCUAACGAAAAUAAAGUGGAAAAGGUUAAAAACUACUCUAAACCAAGUACACUACGUCAGUUAAGAGGGUUUAUCGGUCUGGCUUCCUAUUAUAGGAGGUUCAUAAAUAAGUUCGCUACAAUAGCAAGGCCUUUGCAUAAAUUAUUGCAAAAAGAUCAUAGGUCAGGAAAUACUCAUUGGAAUACGGAUGCAUUGUCCUGGAUAAAUGAAAGAAAUAAUAAUUUUGCGGAGAUAUAUAUGGCCACAGAAGAAAAUAGUGAACGAUUAGAAAGAGGGAAGGGCGAGGACCAAAAAGAUAAAAAACAAACUAGCUUACCUGAGUUCAGCAAAUUCCCUGAGCAGAAAGAAGAAAUUUUCGAACCAAGAACCCAAUAG